GCGCUGUUUCAGGCAAAAGCGAGCACCUUCUUGGAGACAUGUUUUUAGAGGCACAAGAAGCUGCAGCAUCUUUCUGCAGCUGCUACAGCAGCUUCCACAGGGAGCCGUACGGCAUCUUUCCUGUUUUCUCCUACAAAACAAGGAGACAGACCCUAUAUGCUGCCUUGUGGGGCCUUUCAUUUAUACAUGCAAAAGGGUUGGAUCUACUGCCUUUUUUGAUCCACGCUGAAAACCUUCAUCCCUGACUAUGAGAAAGAGUCCUACCACCAAAAGUAACACCAUGGGUAUGAGAGAGUAACUUUAAAAUCUUGGUCUUCCCCAAAACACUAACUACUUUUUCAGCACACCCAGAAAUAAAAAGCCGUACCCUCAGUGAACAUUUCACACCGAUGGAUGUUCUUCUAAACCCCCCCGGGCAAGAAGCCCACAGAGUGUUUUGGGACUGACUCUGUGGUAGGAGCCGUUUGGGGGGUGGAGUUUGCUGGUGGUCUGAGCUCGGAUCUGGUGACCCUCUGAAUUUCGGCUGCCGCCGGUGCCGCAGCCUCGGGGCGCGGGAGCGGGUGCUGGUGUCGUAGCGACGGUCCCUGGCCCAGGUGGGCUCUGUCAUAAUGGGGGGGCACGCGCUGCUGCCCCAUUGCUUCCUGGGGGCCGGGCAGGGAAGGGCGAGCGGAAGCCGCUGCCUACGAUGCCGCAUCUGCCUCCUGCCGUCGUCAUAGACAACGGCUCGGGCCUGAUCAAGGCUGGCGUCGCUGGGGAGAAGAAGCCGUGGAUCGUCUACGCCAAUGUGGUCGGCCAUCCCGAGGACAAGGCGGCGGCAGGCCUGAAGGACUGCUACGUUGGGAACGAAGCGCAGGCCAGGAGAGGGAUCCUUUCCAUCAGGUACCCAAUAGAGCGCGGGAUCAUCAUGUCCUGGGAGGACAUGGAGGCCGUGUGGAAGAGCAUCUACGACAACGACCUGCAGAUGCAAACUACCGAGCAGCCCGUGAUUCUGACUGAGGCUCCGCUCAACCCUCUGGUCAACCGGGAGAAGAUGACCGAGCUCUUCUUUGAGCGCUUUGACGUACCGGCGCUCUACGUGUCUAUCCAGGCCGUGCUCGCCCUCUACGCCUCCGGGCUCACCACGGGCUGCAUGGUGGACUCCGGGGACGGUGUCACCCACAGCGUGCCAAUCUUUGAAGGCUACUGUUUGCCCCAUGGCGUCCUCCGGCUUGACCUGGCUGGCCGCGAUCUUACGGACUACCUAACGCAGCUUCUGAGGAACAGCGGCGCUUCACGAGUCACCGCGGCUGAGAAGCAGCUUGUACAAAACAUGAAAGAAAAAUUAUGUUAUGUGUGCCUGAACCCAGAGGAGGAGAUGGCUAAGAAACCUAGCGAAGUGGAAAAAACUUACCACCUUCCCGAUGGCAGUGAAGUUAAGGUUCAUGAUGAAAGGUUUCGUUGUCCGGAAGCCCUCUUUUAUCCUCCUGACAUUGGCAUAGAGGCACCAGGGAUCGACAAGCUCUGCUUCAGCUCUAUCAUGAAGUGUGACGUUGGCCUGAGGGCUCACUUCUACUCCGGCAUCGUCCUUUCUGGUGGUUCCAGCCUCUUCCCUGGAAUUGCUGAACGCUUGAACAAGGAGCUAGUUCACAUGGUCCCGGGCGACGUGAAGGUGAAGGUCAGUGCUCCUCCGGAGAGGAAGCUUUCCGCUUGGGUGGGAGGCUCCGUCCUUGCCUCCCUGGGCGCCUUCCAGCACAUGUGGGUUACCCGGGCGGAGUACCGGGACGUCGGGCCUAACAUCGUGCACAGAAAAUGCUUCUAA